GUCAGUUUUUUUUUAUGAACAGAGGAGUAAGCUCGGGUUGCUUAUUUCUACGCUUUUAUUUCUAGAAAUUCGCAUUUUACGUGCUUAUUUGGCAAACAUAUUACUUCUGUAAUUUCUUCAGUUGUGUUUCCAAUUUUAAGUAACAUCAGUUGAAGUGUGUAUCUAAAGAAAUACGUCAAAAAUGGCUUCGGACGUGUUGACGAACGCGGGGAACGAAAUUCGAGAAAAUCUGGUCACAACGGCAAUCAAGUUCCUACAAAACCCCAAUGUCCAGCGAUGUACGAUGGAGAGCAAACAACGCUUCCUACGAAGCAAGGGUCUAACGGACCCAGAGAUCCAAAAGGCCAUAGAGAAAUGUGUCGAUCUGCUGGAUGUGCCAUCAAUGACUUCGGAACUCAUGGUCUUUCAAUCUAGAAGAUCAUGGUUUAGAGACCAUGUCAUGCCAUUUCUAGUCUACGGUGGAUUUGUGUAUGGAUGCUAUUGGCUUUAUAAGAAUUGUUUAAGACAACUCCUAUUCGUCGAGGAACCUAAAAGGAAAUCGACGGCGGACUGCAUCGACGAGCUACGGAAGUCGCUCGACAUACUGAACACGAACGUGACGUCACUACGCGGCGAGAUGGCGGCGUCUGCGCAACAGAGCGCCAUGCGGUCGCAACUCGACAACAUCAAGUCCGAUCUCGCUUCCGUUAAAGGAAUACUGCUCAAUAGAAAUCAGUUUCCGUCACUAAAGACGCGAACAGAGCCCCCCUGCAUUCCCUCGUGGCAGAGGCAGUCCGAAGAGGCGACGUCGACGGAGGUUCCCGUAGAAGAAAAAAAGAAGCCACACAGGAGUCGCAGCCAGCGAUCAGAGUCUGGAGGCUCCAAUUCCAGCGAAGGGGAACAAGCCACGAAAAACAGUGAUAGCAGUUUAGAAAUCAUAACAUGAACACUAGAAGAAACAAAAAAUAUUAUCUAUUAAAGACCCAAGACAUAGAUAUUUGGUGUGAUGUUACAUUGCUUAGUAACUUGUGUCAAUGAAGCUAAAGGAGGCAACAUUUGGAGAAAAUAGUGUAAAGUGAUCUGGGGUGUUAAAAAGGCCGCAUUGAAGCAAUUCAUCUAAGAAAGCAAUAUUGCUAUUUGACAUUUUUUUUCAUUGCGCACUUACUUUUAUAUGCGCAAAUGUCAAAUUGCAAUAUUGCUUUCUUAGAUGAAUUGCUUCGAUGUGGCCAUUUUAACCCCCCUGGGGUGUUAAAAAGGCCGCAUUGAAGCAAUUCAUCUAAAUAAGCUAAAAAAUAUUGCUAUAACAUCUGUUGACAUUGCGCACUUACUUUUACAUGCGUAAAUGUCAAACUGUACUAUUUUUUUUUUUUGAUGACUUGUUCAAUGUGGCCUUUUUGGCGCCAGUUUGUGAUGUCGAUUUUAUUUUAUUUGCGUCUGGCAACUCUCUUCCACAAUGGAACAUUUGUGCGAGCCAUUAGUGCAUCUUUUAUUGUUUUAAUUAGUAUUAUACAAAUUCGAAAUUAUACCGUUUUCUGUACAGGGGAUCUAAAGAGGACACAUUCAAACAAUUCAUCUAGCAAUAAAAAUAAAUAUUGCAAUUUGACAUUUGCGCAUGUAAAAGUGCGCAAUGUCAAAUCAGUAAUGUGGCUUUUUUAGGUGAAUUGCUUGCAUGGCCUUUUUAACCCCCAUAACUCCGAAUGGGUAGGCCGAACUACGUUUCAUCGUAAAACCAACCACAGGUCAAUGAACCGUGUUUCGGUCUACUUCGGAGUUCUUCUGUAUCAAUAUUCUGUCCUAAACUACACCUUGCCGUCUUUUCUCUCUAAUUUUAGCUACUUGCAAAUCAUAAAAACACUAACACCGUUGACUCGACCAUUACAGACGGCGAUACGGCUCACCACAUAUCACGUCGGUCUAACAGAAAGCUCGGCAAAGCUUGGGUACUCACUUUAUCUUGUGAUGGAUAUACCCAUAGACUAUACACACAUGUGUGUAUGCUGCUAAACUGAGUACCCUACCCCAAUUACUAAUGUAUGUAUGUAAAUCAUGAAAAAACAAGUUGCUACUUUUCAAACCUACUAAUGUCAAUAUUGGUAUAUUAAUUUGGUAUUACGAAACAAACGGACAUAGACGUUUUGGAAUCACAAGCAAGAUAAAUAUUUCUAUUAAGUUGUAACAGGCCUAUUUCAUCAUCAACGCUCUUGUCGGUGUAGCGUUCUCCAUGCUAUUUUAGGAAAAAAUAGGGCAGUGGUUUCCCUCUUGCCUUCCGCCCCUCAGUACUCUGUUUGACGCGAGUGGGAUGGCGCCCAGAGUAGUCUAUUUCAAAGCCGUACUAGGACUCCUGUCCUCCGCCUCUAAAUAGUACUGACAGUUACUGCUGCCCUCUAUCAGGUUCCAAGUUACAGCCCCUGCGACUACACAGGCCUAUUUACCUGCAUAAAAUAAUAAUUUUAUUAGAUAAUAAUAAGUAAUUAUUAUUGAUUUUAUUAUCUUUCAUAAUCGAUCUCUAUGCACUUACAAGGUUAUCAAUCAUAUGAAGAUACAUUCCAUUUUUAUGCUAUUUAUUCAUGAUUAAGUUGUCGAUAAGAAAAUUAGUGCCGAAAAGAAAUAUUUUGUUUGUGAUGUCAAAACUUGUUUUAAAACCAUGUAAUAGUAGAUUAAGUAGGUUUCUACCAAAGCGGAGUGGAACGAAGACAUGCAGAAAUAACCAAUCACAGCGUGCAAGAGAGAGAACGCGCUUUGCGGAUAGGCCACAGAUGCAUCGAUUCCUACACAUCUCCGCUCCACUUUGGUGUAAAAAAUAACACCUUUAUUUACCCAAGUUGGUCAUCGUGUUCUGAAUGUUGUCUCCAAUGUUCAAUAUUAGCUUCUCGCUAUAAUCACAUUGUUUGCUAUACUACCAAGGUGUAGGCUUUGUCGUGUUAUUUAGGGUUAUAUAUGGCUAUCUAAAUAUUAAUAUAUAAUUUAAAUUAAAUACAAAAAAUUCCAAGCACGCAAAAUCAUUUUCACGUGUCUUAAUUGGUAAAAGACUCAAAAAUAGUAGUUUUGGGAUAUAAAAUGCUAUGAAAUAUUAAUAACUGAUUCAGUUUUUCCUGUAUUCUAUGCUAAAUUAUUCUUAAAUUAUUUCAAGCUAAUUUUAUUUUAAUACCCUUUGGAUGACUUUCUUCAUCCUUUGCUCAAGACUAACUUGUUUUUUUUUAAAUCGAUACAUUUAUUGAUUAAGGGGUUGUAUUGUAAAUCAAGACUUGAGUUUACUCCUUGCCAGUAUGACAAUGAAAGGUGUCCAUUAGCUGCUUCGCCAUAUAGACCAUUGGUUUUGAAUAUGGAACACCCUUUAAAUAGUGCCCAAACACAAUAGUGACACUAUACUCCCCCUAAAGACUCGUGUUAAUUAAUGCUCUAUAAAACACUUCAUUUUAAUAUAAUUAUUUACCAAGAAAUAUUCAUAUAAAAAUAAUGCCUUAAGUAUGUUGGAAAGUAAGUACUCGGGCACUAUUUAUUUUCGUAUGGGCACUAUUUAGAACUGUUUCAUCAUCAUCGAUUUAAGAGCCACACUCUUGUCGGUGCAGCAUUUCUGUAAAAUACUCUCCAUGCUACUUUUUAGAACUGUUUAAGCAAUAUUAUUUCUGCUUAGUCAAAACUAAUGUUCUACUAAUCUAUAUGAUGGACGCUAAGUAUUAAGACACCAAUGAAAAAAAGACAUAGAAUAUAAAUAUGAUGUAUUGCCAAAUUUUUAUUUUUUAAAUAAAUUGUGUGAUGGUGACAUUAGAUAAUAUCUAGGGCAUUGUACAGUUUUAAUUUAGUUUUAUUUUGAUUAGUUUAAUAUGUAAUCAUGUUUUACAAUUUAGUCCACAUGUGUGAUUGAAAAUAGUUAAUUUUUUUUUUAAAUAUAGAAACCAAAGUACCUAUAAUUGUUUUCUCUUUUUAUUUUUAAUAACCGUAGAAAUAUUUUCCUAACUUUUCUAUGGAAUUCGGCACUUUAUCAUCCUGCACUUGUCAAUUUGUUGAAAAUUGUUAUUUUAUUUUGUUUGUCAAAUUAUUUCGUUUUAUUGCUAACUUUUAACUCAACCUACGU